AUGUCGAACGAGACAGAAAUUAUCGACGAUGAAACUUGUUUUUCCAAAGAACGUGCUUACUAUUCAUUAUUAGUUGUCAUCAGUUUCUUUAUCAUCUGUAUCAAUUUUGACGUCAUCUACACCAUGGCUACGAAUAAAAGCCUUCAGACAAAACGCAAUGCAUUUCUAAUAAGUCUUAGUGUAUCUGACUUAUUGAACGGCUCCGUAUCCAUACCGCUUCAUAUAGCAUCGAACUGUUAUUAUCCUCCUUCAGAAAUAUUGAUCCUGGCUCAGGCUAUUUGUUUCAGGUUUGUAGCCAUAUCCACCAUGUUGAACAUACUAUUGAUCACAGUCGAGAGGUACUUCGGGAUAAUAUAUCCUAUAAAGUACCAGUUUAUCCUCACAAAAGCUCGCACAUCCAUUCUCAUCACCUGUACAUGGGCGACCUCUGUCUCGUCAGCUCUCGUGUCGUACUCGUGGCUCAUGUCGGUACCCGCCGGAGACGAAGACAUUCCGAUGCGAGAGAGGCAAUUUGAAAGGGCCUACUUCAUUUUCUCUUUUGUCGCGUUUUUUCUUCUACCGCUGGUCAUAAUGACCGUGUUGUAUACGAAGAUGUUUCGCGCCAUUUCAAGGGCGCGAAAAUUGGCAUCAAAAGCCCAGAUGUAUUUAAAGAGUUGCGAGCGUUUUCAAUCGUCUGCUCCGCGCAGUCCUAUUGAAAUUCGAGUUACGAGACCACGUAGCGUCACCGUCGGUUUGUAUUGCGAUCGCCAUCAGUCACGUGGACAGAGCAGCAGCUUGCCCCAGUCCCCCGUUGUUACACGCAAUCGGAGUCGAAGUCACGGUUCCUAUGGAGACCAUCUCACCGUACAUGGCAAUUCCCAAUCUCCAGUUCGGGUGGAAACCAUGGUAACGCAUUCUGAAUCACGUGUUCAAAGUACCAUUGCCCUUUCUCCUCCCCAAUCUCCCACUCGGCUUCCCAUGACCGAAAUACACCGUCCGGUUUGUUGUCAAAUUUCAUGCCCUGAGAACACUUCUGCUCAUGCGCAAAACCAGCCUCAGUCCUCUUACCUAAGCUUACCGCUCAACGAGGCAACUCGCUAUGCAAAGCAUCAUGGUUCGUUUGACCGGUUUCUGAGCUCAAGUCACAGGUUUAUGUCAACUAGGUGGCUAUCAAACUCGACUCAGGCCAUCGAUAAAAUGAAAAGCGCGAGGCCUCUGGAGAAAUACCAGAGUGAUAGCGUCAUCACUUCUCGGGAGAGAACGUCUUUCUCCGAACGACUCUUCGAUGCCUGCGAGACAGCGGCAUCCAAACUACGCAUGCGCAGACAGGGGAGCAACGAAGACCGUUGGGGACAGUCAAGGAUCAAACAGGAACAUCGUGUACUUCUGGUGUUCGUUACUAUGAUCUCGGUGUUUGCAUUGAGCUGGAUAUCAUGGUACAUAUUGGUACUUGACUUUACAUACAGUAUUUAUAUCCCCUCAGUUGUCCUGGAUUGCUUUGAUAUUCUGAGGUUUUCCGUGUCCUUCGUCAACCCAAUAUUAUACACUUUCUUCAAAAAAGAUUUUCGAAUUGCCUUCAAGAAAAGCUUGCGGAAAUUCAGCACUGACCAACAAAAAGCAAGAGCCGAUAUCAAGGAAAAACUGAAAAAGCCAAAAUGCGAUGUCAAGGAAGAAUUGAAAAAGUGA